AUGAUGGUGGGCUCCUCGGCGGGCUCCACCCUGGUCGGCUUCUUGCUGCCCAUCGUCGCGUCGUGGCUGCCCGUCGUCGCGUCGUGGCCGGCGCCCGUCGUCGACUACCGCGCGGUGCUCUACACGGACAACGCGACGGCGAUCGCGCUGGCCGCGGCGGCCCUGCGUACCUGGAUGGCCGCCAACGAUCCCGACUACCCCCUGUACCACCUGGCGCCGCCCGAGGGCCACGCCAACGAUCCCAACGGCGUCACGUGGGACGCGGCGCGCGGCCUCUACCACCGCUUCUACCAGUACGACCGCACCUACGACGAAAGCUGCAUGCACGGCAACUACACAGACUGCGACCGGUUCUCCCGAAACGGGACGCUCAACCCCGCGGCGCGCGCCUGGGGCCAGACGACGUCGCGGGACCUCGUCCACUGGGAGGAGUGGCCGGCCAUCGUCGGCGACUCGGAGUGGGACUGGCGGGCCGUCUACAGCGGCAACUGCGCGUUGGACGACCGCGGCGACCCGGUCUGCGUCUACACCGGCGGCCGCGCGGCGCCCUGCGACACGGGCGUCUGCGCGACGUCCCGGGAUUGGAUCCACUGGGAGAAGCGCGGCUGCAUGCUGACCGCGCCGUCGCCAAAGAGCCAGACGAACCACGACUCGGCGCUCGUGCGGCUUCGCGACGGCACCUGGGUCGUCGUCGUCGGCGGUUGUACCUACAACGGCAGUAACGUGCCCAACGGGACCUGCAUGGGCAACGCGCAGCUCUGGCGCUCCGACGACCUCUCGACCUUCCGCUACUGGAAGCCCCUCGGCGCCGCGGAGGGCCCGGGCACGUACUGGGAGCUGCCGUACCUCCUGGGCUUCGACGAGCACGGGACCGCGCUGCCGAACGACGCGAUCGAGGACGCGUCGACGACGGCGCUCCUCUUCGGCGAGGGCGGGAACAAGUACUUCUUCGGGUCGCUCGCAGACGACGUCUCCUUUUCGCGCGCGUGGGCGGAGCCCAAGGAGACGGACGCGUUCCCGCCGUAUUAUUCCUUCAACCCGCACGCGACGGACGAGGUCGACGGGACGACGCGGCGCCUCAUGUUCGGCUGGAUCCUCGUCUUCGGCCCGACGUCGCGCGUCUCCGCCGCGGCGGAGGCGGGCCGCGUGCCCCCCUGGGACGGCGCGCACUCGCUCUGCCGCGCGGUCACCGCCGACGUCGGCGCGGGCGCGCUCGUCCAGGCGCCCUGCCCGGAGACGCGCGCGCUCCGCGGGAUCCGCGCGGGGGCCCUGGCGAACAAGCGCCUAGCCGACGGCGUCUUCGUCGGGCUCUCGAACGUCGGCGACGCGCUCGACGUCGUCGCUUCGUUUGACGUGGGCGACGCGGACGCCGUCGGGCUAUCGGUGCGAGUGCUCGGCGACUUUUCUUGCGACGUCGUCUGGAACGUGUCUGCCGCGACGCUGACCGCGGGGGUCGACCCGCCCUGGCCCGCGGUGUAUCCGCCCGCGCCGACCGACCCCGUCGAGUUGGAGGUGUUCGUGGACCGGUCGAUCGUGGAGGUCUACUUCAUCGGCGCCGCGCUCACGUCGCGCUGCGCGCUCCCGGCAUCGCUCCACGACGAGCUCGCGCGGAGGGGGGCGGUUCCGAGCGAGGUCGCCUCUGUUCGCGCCUUCGCCAAGGGCGGCACGGCGACGCUGGCGCGGCUGGAGGCGUGGACGAUGGGGUCGAUGUGGAGUUAG